UCCGGCCAUUCAUACUGCAGUCGGUCAGUGUUUGGUUGAAGGAUUCUGUGUGCUGUCGGACCCAGAGGGUGACGGCGCCGCUAGGAUGAAGCUCGUGAGAUUUUUGAUGAAAUUGAGUCAUGAAACUGUAACCAUUGAAUUGAAGAACGGAACACAGGUCCAUGGAAAAAUCACACACAGUUUACCUCUGGAUACACUACUUGUGGAUGUUGAACCUAAGGUGAAAUCUAAGAAAAGGGAAGCUGUUGCAGGAAGAGGCAGAGGCAGAGGAAGAGGAAGAGGACGUGGCCGUGGCAGAGGAAGAGGGGGUCCUAGGCGAUAAUGUCUCUCAAGAUUUCAAAGUCAUACGAGAUUUGGGAUAUUUUUUGUACAGGUUGUGUUUGUUUAUGUCAGUUUUUAAUAAACAUAAAUGUGGGACA